CGUCACUUCAACACAGUCCUGCUUCUUACUGUACUCUGUGCUCUUCGCUCUCUGACUCGCUCACUCAUGAGAGGGUGUGGAGACUUGAGUGCCAAGAGAUCUUUGAAUAGCAGAGCAAGGGGAGAGAAAUAAAAGGAACUGGCAGUACUAGCCAGCAGUCUUCCCAGACCAGAGAGGAGACGCAGAAAUAACCAUGCCUGAGGCCCCGGCAGCCAAAACGGAGAGCAAAGAUCAAUCCCUUCAAGAUGGAGAGUCAGAGGCUGAUGGGGAUGAAGGAGAUGCCACUGAGCUGACUGGGCUCUUUGUGGAGAGACCUCCGGAGAAUGUCACCGCCGUCGCAGGUUCGGACUUCACUUUAAUAGCGAAAGUUGAUUCAACCAGCCUGACAAGAAAACCUGCCAUGAAAUGGCUAAAGGGCAAGUGGAUGGACCUUGGCAGCAAGGCCGGAAAACACAUGCAGUUCAAAGAGUCGUAUGACAGAGAUACUAAGAUCUAUACCUACGAGAUGAAGAUCGUUAAAGUGAAGCCUGCCGACGCCGGAGGCUACCGGUGUGAAGUGACAGCAAAAGACAAGUGCGACAGCUGCACUUUUGAAAUCACCGUUGAGGCUGCCCAGCAGGAGCAACAGGCGGAUAUUUUAUCUGCUUUUAAGAGAGCUGAUGCUGGAGAGGAUGAGGGUGAACUGGAUUUCAGUGCUCUGCUCAAAGCUGCAAAGAAAAAGAAGAAGCAAGAAGAACCCGAAAUUGACGUGUGGGAGUUGCUUAAAAGUGCCCAUCCGAGCGAGUAUGAGAAAAUUGCGUUUAAGUAUGGCAUCACUGACCUCAGAGGCAUGUUGAAACGUCUGAAAAAGAUGAAUGUGGAGCCCAAACAUUGUGAGGCUUUCUUGAAGAGGCUGGAGUCAUGCUACACUGUGGACAAGGGCAAGAAGAUUGUCCUGAGGUGUGAAGUGGUUGAUCCUGAUAUCCAGGUCAAAUGGUUGAAGAAUGGCCAGGAGAUCAAACCCUCAGCAAAGUACGUCAUGGAGGCAAUUGGAAAUAUCAGAACUCUUACUAUCAAUAAAACAACCCUGGCUGAUGAUGCUGCAUAUGAGUGUGUGUUCGGCGAGGACAAGUGUUUCACGGAAGUGUUUGUCAAAGAGCCUCCUAUUACAAUCACUAAACUCAUGGAUGACUACCACGUGGUUGUGGGGGAGAGGGUAGAGUUUGAGAUCGAGGUGUCUGAAGAAGGCGCCCACGUCAUGUGGUUCUUUGAGGAUCAGGAGCUUCACAAAGACAAAGACUCCAAGUAUCGCUUCAAGAAGGAUGGAAAAAAGCACACACUUAUUAUAAUGGAGGCUACACUCGAUGACAUCGGAAUGUACCAUGCCUGGACAAAUGGGGGGCAUACCAAGGGAGAGCUGGAGGUUGAAGAAAAGGAAUUGGAGGUAUUACAGGACAUUGCAGAUCUGACCGUGAGGGCCACAGACCAGGCUGUAUUCAAGUGUGAAGUGUCGGAUGAAAAGGUCACAGGAAAGUGGUUCAAAGACGGUGUUGAGGUGCAGGCAAGCAACCGCAUUAAAAUGAGCCACAUCGGCAGAUUUCACAAGCUCACUAUUAAUGACGUUAAGCCAGAAGAUGCGGGAGACUACACAUUUGUCCCUGAUGGAUACGCUCUGUCUCUUUCAGCAAAACUCAACUUCUUGGAAAUUAAGAUCGACUACGUGCCUAGACAAGAGCCUCCGAAGAUUCACCUGGAUACCACUGGAAACAUGGUCUCUCAAAACACUAUAAUAGUGGUGGCGGGUAACAAGCUGCGUUUGGAUGUUGAGAUCUCCGGUGAACCACGUCCCACUGUUGUCUGGUCAAAAGGAGAUGUGCCAAUUAAAGAAUCCGAGGGUCGUGUAAGAGUUGAGACCAAGAAGGACCUGAGCUGCUUCAUCAUUGAGGGGGCGGAGAGAGAUGAUGAGGGCAACUACACCAUCAUUGUCAACAACCCUGCUGGAGAGGACAAGGCUGUGCUGUUUAUUAAGAUUGUGGAUGUCCCUGAUCCUCCUGAGAACGUCAAGUGCACAACAGUGGGCGAAGACUGUGCCACGAUGGUGUGGGAUGCUCCCCCGUUUGAUGGUGGUGCACCAAUCAAAGGUUAUCUCAUGGAGAGAAAGAAGAAAGGCUCAUCCAGAUGGACGAAGCUCAACUUUGACGUGUAUGAAUCAACGACAUAUGAGGCGAAAAGGAUGAUUGAAGGCAUUUUCUACGAGAUGAGAGUCUUUGCUGUCAACAGCAUCGGCCUGUCUCAGCCGAGUCUCACCUCCAAGCCCUUCAUGCCCGCAGCCCCAACCAGCGAGCCAACACGCCUGACGGUGCAUGAUGUGACAGACACCACCUGCAGCUUGAAAUGGCUCGCCCCAGAGAAGGUCGGAGCUGGAGGCCUGGACGGCUACGUGAUUGAAUAUUGCAAGGACGGAGACACUGAAUGGGUGCUGGCAAACCAGGAAUUAUGUGAGAGGCAGUGGUACGUUGUCCGUGGCCUCCCUGUUGGAGAAAAGAUCAACUUUAGGGUGGUGGCGGUGAACGUAGCUGGACGCAGCCCUCCUGCUACAUUGCAGCAGCCUGUCACCAUUCGUGAGAUCGUGGAACACCCAAAGAUCCGUCUUCCUCGGGAACUAAGAACCAAGUACGUCAGACACGUUGGUGACAAGAUCAACCUGACCAUUCCCUUCCAGGGUAAACCUCGCCCUGUUGCAACUUGGUUGAAGGAUGGUCAACCCGUUGAUCCCAAGGUGAUCAACGUCCGUAACUCUAACGUGGACAGCAUCCUGUUCAUCCGCUCAGCGGAGAGGGAGCACUCAGGAAAAUACGAGCUGCUCUUACAGAUUGAGAACUUGGAGGACAGGGCCACCAUUGACAUCAGGGUUAUUGAGAAACCGAUGCCUCCUGUGAACGUGAGGGUGACUGAGGUCUGGGGCUUCAAUGCAGCACUGGAGUGGAACCCUCCCACAGAUGAUGGCAACAGCGAGAUCACUGGAUACACCAUCCAGAAGGCAGACAUGAAAACCAAGGAAUGGUUCACCGUUUAUGAGCAUAACAAGAGGACACACUGCACAGCGUCAGAUUUGAUCAUGGGCAAUGAGUACAUGUUCCGUGUCUACAGUGAGAAUCUCUGUGGCCAGAGCGAGGAGCCACGUCAAAGCAAGAACACGGCUAAAAUUGCCAAGACCGGUCUGAUACAGAAGCAGACCAACUUCAAGGAGAAAGACAUGUGCUGCUCACCAAUGUUUACUCAGCCGCUCAUCGACAGAUCUGUAAUAGCUGGCUACAGCACUGCAAUCAGCUGCUCUGUCAAAGGACUUCCAAAGCCAAAGAUUGUAUGGAUGAAGAACAGAAUGAUCAUCGGAGAAGAUCCCAAGUAUUUGAUGCAGAACAACCAAGGAGUCUUGACUCUUAAGAUUCGUAAGCCAAGCACUUUCGAUGGAGGAAAGUACUCCUGCAUGGCUGUGAACGAGCUGGGCCAGGCUGAAGUGGAGUGCAAGCUGGACGUCCGAGGUAAGAAGGAGAUCAUGUUUAUGAAACAUAGUGCCUCUUAAUUACAGUAUAAUUUG